UCUGGCUAAUAUGGCGGAAGCAACCGAGUCUCAGCGGGAAGAUGCUUCCCUUCCUCUCUCUUCUUUCUCUGUGCCCACUGAACUGUCUGACGUGGAAGUGGGCGCGGGGCAGGAGAAAGAACCCGUGGAAGUUAAAGGGGAGGUGCAUGGUGUAGAGAUUAAAAGCAAAGAAUCUUCAGAAUUGGUCCUUGGAGAAUUGGAUGAAUCUACAUCACAGGCCUGUGCUGCCAAGAAAAUAAAAAUAGAGAUAAAGGAGAAAAAAGAGAAAAAGCACAAAGUAGACGAAGAUGAAAUUCAAAAAAUGCAAAUAUUAGUUUCUUCUUUUUCUGAAGAACAACUGAAUCGUUAUGAGAUGUAUCGGCGAUCAGCUUUUCCUAAGGCUGCUAUUAAAAGGCUUAUCCAAUCAAUUACUGGAACCUCUGUUUCUCAGAAUGUGGUCAUUGCUAUGUCAGGAAUUUCCAAGGUCUUUGUGGGAGAAGUGGUAGAAGAAGCACUAGACGUAUGUGAGAAGUGGGGAGAAUCACCACCUCUGCAGCCAAAACACAUGCGUGAGGCAGUCAGACGUCUGAAGACACGAGGACAGAUCCCCAACUCAAAAUACAAAAAAAUUGUCUUUCACUGAAGAGGCAGCAGGAAAGGACUCUUUAAUGAGAGGGCGAGCUCUCAGCUUGGAGCAGAUGAAAAACAGACUUUUGCUGUGGGUGUCUUCAGAGGGCUUAAAGCCUCUAAAAUGUGUAUCAUAUUCAGAUAUCUCUAGUAAGCAUAAGCUAUUUCUGAAAUCAUGGGCCAUUGAAGACUAGCAAUUCUGCAGGUUGUUUGAACUGAAUAUAUAAACAUUUUCUGAGUACGUAAAUAGUAGUCUUAAAAACCGCCACGGUAAGUUUAUGCCAGCCUCAUGGAACUUUUUUAAAAAAAAAUUCUUGUAAGAAGGAACAAAUGCAACUAAACAAGAAAUGUAUUAUUAGUGGGAAACAAUAAGAAACUCAGUAGUAAAGGAACUGUGCUACUGUUUGUGUAAGCAUUGAGUUUUGUCAUAUAAAACCUAUGGUUAUAUGAAACCCUGUUAAACUCUUCUCACAAUUUUGGAAAUGACAAGGGGCUGCCAGUUGCAGCUCCUUACUACCCAUGCAGAUCUGUAUUAAAUAGGCAUAACAAGGCAGAAUUAACUUAUUGUUUGAUAUUUUUUUGAAUAGCAGUUCAUUUAAAAGAUUCAGUCACUUUAAGCACUCGUACAAGUAAUGUUGACUAGGUGUGCUCCCAAGUUCAAAGCAAAUAGCUUGUAGAUGUAAAAAUGUUUGACAUAUCAGUCACUUCACGUUACCACAUUUUAGGGCUGGCAAUAAAAGGUACAUAGUUUAAACACCCACAGAAAGUCAAAUCAGUAUCCAAAAUCUGAAGCUAGAAAAUUUCAUUUAAUAAAUAAAUACAUAUGCACACACA